AUUCCCUCAUCAUUAUUCAAUUAUUCAUUCCCUCAUCAUUAUUCAAAUAUUCAUUCAUUCAUCCCUCACCAUUAUUCAAUCCCUCAUCAUUAUUCAAAUAUUCAUUCAUUCAUCCCUCACCAUUAUUCAAUUAUUCAUUCCCUCAUCAUUAUUCAAUUGUUCAUUCCCUCAUCAUUAUUCAAUUAUUCAUUCCCUCAUCAUUAUUCAAAUAUUCAUUCAUUCAUCCCUCACCAUUAUUCAAUCCCUCAUCAUUAUUCAAAUAUUCAUUCAUUCAUCCCUCACCAUUAUUCAAAUAUU